AUGACAGAAACUGGGACGCUAAUCGAAUCGCAGUACCUAACGCAGGAGAACGCCGCAACUGACGCGUCAGAUACUUUAUGGAAUGCCGUCCAACCACAAGUAACGCAGCACAAAAAACCUGCUUCACGUGGUACUAGUGGAAAACAUGGCGGACGCGGUUCUAGUUAUACCAGAAGUACGCCAUCACCCAUCCUCAGCCAAAACCAGAUCGUUCCUUCAAAUAGUCAACAGGACUUAGCAACUGAGGAUGAGAGUUCGUUCAUCGUACAGGAGAUUGAUCUUCUGCAAAGACAAGGUAUUAAUGUGGCCGACAUAAACAAGCUCAAAAGCGCUGGCAUUUGCACAGUGAAAGGGGUUCAGAUGACAACCCGGAAAAAGUUAAUUAAUAUCAAAGGACUAUCGGAAGUGAAGGUUGACAAAAUCAAGGAGGCGGCUGCUAAAGUCGAUAGAUGUUGUAACGGAUUCACGACUGCGCGCCUGUAUGGCGAACAAAGACGUUGCAUAUUUCACGUGUCAACCGGUUCGUCGAAAUUGGACGCAAUCUUGGGUGGAGGCCUUCAGAGUAUGGGCAUCACUGAGGUGUUUGGUGAGUUCCGCUGUGGUAAGACUCAAAUUUCACAUACCUGCUGUGUAACGUGUCAGAUACCCGUUGAAGAUACAAAUUAUCCUGGCGGGAAGGCUCUUUUCAUCGACACUGAAAAUACAUUUCGGCCGGAUCGGUUACGUAACAUUGCCGCACGAUUCGGCUUUGAUGGCGACAUGAUUCUGGAUAACGUACUGUACGCACGGGCAUUCACGUCUGAUCACCAGAUGGAGCUACUCGACCUAGCUGCUGCGAAAUUUCACGAGGAACGCGGAGUUUUUAAACUGCUCGUCAUAGACUCUGUGAUGGCUCUCUUUAGAGUUGACUACUGUGGACGUGGUGAGCUUGCAGAACGGCAGCAAAAGCUCGGUCAGCUGAUGUCGCGACUUCAAAAGAUCUCAGAAGAGUAUAACAUCUCCGUGCUCAUCACGAAUCAAAUGACUGCUGACCCCGGAGUUACAAUGACAUUUCAAGCUGACCCAAAGAAGCCAAUCGGAGGCCAUAUCCUGGCUCAUGCCUCGACGACCCGCGUUCAACUCCGUAAAUGUCGUGGAGAUACGCGCAUUGCGAAAAUCUAUGACUCGCCAGAACUCCCUGAAGAAGAGGCUACUUUUGCCAUCACUCUCGGCGGCGUUACGGAUGCUGGAGAGUAG